AUGAAAGCUGUAAAAUCCUGUCUGGUCUGUUUAAUUUCUUACUGUGAGAAUCAUCUAAAGCCUCAUUAUCAAUUAACUGCUUUUAAAAAACACAAGCUGGUGAAUCCUUCCAAAAACCUCCAGGAGAACAUCUGCUCUUGUCAUGAUGAGGUGAUGAAGAUCUUCUGUCGUACUGAUCAGCAGUGUAUCUGUUAUCUCUGCACUAUGGAUGAACAUAAAGGCCAUGAAACAGUCCCAGCAGCAACAGAAAGAGCUGAGAAACAGAAGAAGCUCCAGGAGAGUCGACAACAAAUCCAUCAGAGAAUCCAGGACCAAGAGAAAGAUGUGAAGCUGCUUCAACAGGAGGUGGAGGCCAUCAAUGUCUCUGCUGAUAAAGCAGUGGAGGACAGUGAGAAGAUCUUCACUGAUCUGAUCUGUCUCCUCCAGAAAAGAAGCUCUGAUGUGAAGCAGCAGAUCAGAUCCCAGCAGGAAACUGAAGUGAGUCGAGUCAAAGAUGUUCAGGAGAAGCUGGAGCAGGAGAUCACUGAGCUGAAGAGGAAAGACGCUGAGCUGGAGCAGCUCUCACACACAGAGGAUCACAACCAGUUUCUCCUCAACUACCCCUCACUGCCAGCACUCAGUGAGUCUACACACUCAUCCAGCAUCAACAUCCGUCCUCUGAGACACUUUGAGGACGUGACAGCAGCUGUGUCAGAGCUCAGAGACAAACUACAGGUCAUCCUGAGAGACUCAUGGACAAACAUCGAACUGAAGCUCACUGAGGUGGAUGUUCAACCAUCAGAACCAGAACCAAAGACCAGAGAUGGAUUCUUGAAACUUUUAAAAUUAUCACUCUGGAUCCAAACACCCUAAACAGAUUUCUAAUUUUAUCUGAGGGGAAUAGAAAGGUAACAUUUGCGAACCAUAAACAGUCUUAUCCUGAUCAUCCAGACAGAUUUGAUGGUUUUUGUUAU